AUGACCUCCCUUAAGCCCCGAACCAUAAUAAUCAUCGGCGCCGGCCCCCUCAUGUCCCUCAGUCUCUCCCUGUACCUAGCCUCGCACUCCUGGCAAAUAAUCCUAAUUUCGCGCAACCCCUCCUCGCUACAAACCUACGCCUCGGAAAUCGCGCAUCACCAUCCCAACGCACCCAAAGUCCUCGUUCACGUCGGCGACGCCUCGAUCCCCUCUUCGUUGCUCUCGGCCCUCGAUUGGGGCGCUGAACAGGUUGGGGGGAUGGUCGAUGUGCUGUGUUAUAAUGCUGCAAGGGUGGCUCCUAGUCCUAUUCUUGAGUUGAGGCCGGAGGUCUUGGUGCAGGAUUUUGGUAUUACGGCGGUGGGGACCCUGGUUGCUGGACAGUGGUUUAUGAACCAUGCGAAUACAGCCCAUAUAAACUCGGGCGAACAUCCACUUUUUCUAGUCCCAGGCGGAAUGCUAGAUAAGUAUCCGGAUCCGCAAAUUUCGGCGCUAUGUGCCACGAAGAGUGCAAGUCAGUGUUUGGUAAAGAUGUUCCAGAUGGUUAUGAAGGAGAAGGGGAUCUUGGUGGGUGCACCGAUUGUUGGGGGUGAGGUGGUUCAGGAGGGGAAAAUGAGCCCGGGUCCGAUUGUGGAUGGAGCUUUUAGACCGUUUUUUGAGGAGAGGGAGAAGUAUGGUGGGGGGGAGGGAAGCUGGGUGCUGGAGAGGAUUUGGUUGCCGGAGGGGGGAUGGUUAGAAUGUUUUGUUGGGGAAGAUGGUUGUAUUGUGGUUUGA